UAAAUCCACAUACUCAACUCCAUUCUAUCACUAACUAUCACUCACUCCAUUUCCUCUUCUUUCUCUCUCAAUGGCUGUGCGAACCCUGUUGAGCAGAAAAACCCUAGCCUCCGUGCUCCUCCGCAAUGACAUCGGAGCGGGAGGCAUGGCGGCGGCAGCAGCAGCAGGAGCUGCUCAAACUCAUUCCCGUGGCAUCCAUGCCCUCACGCUUCCCGAUCUCGGUUACGAUUAUGGCGCCUUGGAGCCUGUCAUCAGCGGCGAAAUCAUGCAAAUCCAUCACCAGAAGCAUCACCAGACUUACAUCACCAACUACAACAAGGCUCUCGAGCAGCUUCAAGAUGCCAUCGCCAAGUCCGAUUCCUCAGCCGUCGUUAAGCUCCAGAGUGCAAUCAAAUUCAAUGGCGGAGGUCAUGUCAACCAUUCCAUUUUCUGGAAAAAUCUAGCUCCCCCUCGUGAAGGAGGUGGAGAAUCACCCCAUGGCUCCAUGGGAUGGGCCAUUGACACACAUUUUGGUUCUUUUGAAGCAUUGAUAAAAAAGGUCAACGCAGAAGGUGCGGCACUACAGGGGUCUGGAUGGGUCUGGCUUGGUCUGGACAAAGAGUUCAACAAGCUUGUUGUUGAAACCACCGCAAACCAGGAUCCACUGGUUACUAAGGGAUCAAGCUUGGUUCCAUUGUUUGGUAUAGAUGUUUGGGAACAUGCAUACUACUUACAGUACAAGAAUGUUAGACCAGACUAUUUGAAGAACAUUUGGAAAGUUAUCAACUGGAAAUAUGUCAGUGAAGUGUACGAGAAAGAGAGUUCUGCUUGAAAGCGCUGCUUAGGAUAUGGAACCUGAGAUGGCCGGUUUGCAGCAUGUUCAGAGAUGGAAUAAAAUGAAGUGGUAGUAGAUAACACACCUUCCUUAGUGCAGGGUUAUGUUAUAAGGAAUAACUGUUAUGUAAUUGUACUUGAGAAUCAUGUCAUGGUCUGCUUAUGUCUUCAUGCAUUUUCUGAUGAUCGGGUAAGAUACUAUUUUUUUUCCCCAUCGAUGUGUAUCUUUUUGCUUCUAGAAUAAUGUACGGACUUGUGAAAUUCAAGCGCUCUGACCAAUUGCUUGGUGGGAAUCAGGAACCAGUUUCAAGUA